AUGCACGCUCUGUCGCUCGCCGGGCCGUCGCGCAGCCCGCCAGAGCCGGCGCUGGAGGAUGUGACGGAGCAGCUGCGUCGGGCAUGCCGCACACUGCCGCAAGGACAGCUGGCGCAUGUCGAUGGCUUUGCGCUCUUCGACACACUGAGCGCCAUCGAGCUGCUCGAUCCGCGCAUGGACUCGGGCGUGCUCGCCGUGCCGCCGCACAUGCUCGCCGCCUGCGACAGGCUGACGCCAGAAGAGGCGGCGCAUACGCCGGCAUUCGACCCAAACGCUCGCCUGUCCGUCCAGGACAUGUGUUGGCUCAUGGACCGCACGCUUGCAACAGAGGUCGCAUGGCAUUCGGGUGCUCCACUCUCCGCAUCCGUUCACACGUGCCUGUACAUCCACGAGGUCCUUGACCUGUUCAACGGCGGCCCAGAUGCAGCUGUGCUGGACGACGACCUGCUCGAGCACGUGCUGCAGCCGUACCUCGUCGCGCUGCUCAAGAGCGUCAGCCUGGCGUGGGACGAGCUGGUGGGCGGCAAUCUCACCGACGGCGAAGACUUUAGCGGAGACAAGGCGGGCAUCUCGCUUUGCGAGGGCCUGACUGUCGCCUCAGCAUUGCGGGGGCUGGACGCCGCAAUGGCGUGGGUUCAGGCAGCCGAGCCUGCGCAGCUACGGCCAAAGGAUGCUGCGUCGUUGAUGAGGCGCCUGGAGCUUCGCAAGCACCUUUUGUCGACCUUUGCUCUGCUCGCACUCGCAAACUCAGGCCGCAACCUGCGCGCUGCCCAGAUGCUCGCCAAGCCUGCCAGCGCAUACACCUCGGAGCGCGCGCUUGCAGACCUGCCUGUAGCGCUGUCGGAGCUGCGAGAUGCACUGGCAGCUCUGUCGCCGGACGCAGACACGACGGGCACAUGCCUCUCGGAUCCUGCGCUCGCCAAAGCGCCGUCACCAAUAGCGCGAGCAGGGUUUGACGUGCACUUUGCGCGACGUCUAGCUUCGUCAGGCCAAGGCGACCCGGGCAUGCCCCCGCCGCGCCCCGUCGAGCUGCCGGAGCCGAGCAAGACUGUCGAGUUCAUGCACUCGCUCGCUGACGGCGUCGAGAAGGCGUGCGACAUGAUCGAUGGCGCCCAGUGGUCGAUGUGGCGGGGCGUCUUCGUCUCUCGUGCCGUUACGUUUCAGCAAAGGCCUGAGUGUGCCUUCGUCCGCUCGCUCUUGCAGUCCGUCGGCUGCAGCUUCAGUCAGGUCGCGUUCGGUCGCUAUCCACUGCCGUUCCUUCCCGCCAGUCUGCUCGAGACAGUCGGCGCCAUCUCUCUCCGAUCCAUCGCCAGCCAGAUGGCCAAGCUCGCCGCUGCGUCCGACGAACCACGGCCUGGACCACGAGCGCCGCCGCUGCCGCCAGACAGCCCGCUCGGUGCACACUUGGCACUCGAGUCGUUCAUGCAGCGCCUGGCCGGCCAGACCGUCAACUACUUCAGCUGCCUCGCGCAGAACCGCUCGCGCGGCAAGCGGAAGCUGGCGGGCGCGUAUGCGGAGUGGGUCAAGCUGGCCGAGGAGGCACAAGAGCUCGGCCGGCAUCUGUCUCGACUGCUCCCCUCCGGCACGUUGCAUCCCGACGUCAUCUUCGCCUGCGUGCAGCACGUCAUCCUCGACAUCAUGAUGCACAUCACCAUGUCCGGCCUCGAGCUAGAGCUGUAUGCGCCGCACGAGCUCGUCUACGUGUACUGGAUGGCGGCGAGUAUUGCGCAUGAGCAGGGCUCGGUGCUCAAGAGUCUGAGCGACGAUGUCAAGUCGCGGCGAGAUGCCGCCGGCGUCGAUGAUGCGCGAGCUCCCUUCGACGCCACGCUCGACUACCUGCGGCGCGAGACUCAGAAGGCGCAGGCCGUCGGCGAAGCUUCUCUCGCGACUAUGCUGCUAUACCCGACUCUCACGCCAACGCGUCAGCGUCCCUGGCCGCUCGUCGCAUGUCCAGCAGACGAUGCAUCCCUGCUGGCCGGCCCCGCGCCUCCAUCCAUCGCCGACGCCGCCGCCACAAGCGAGGCGCAAGAGGCCAUGUCGUGGGCCUGCUUUGCGCGGCGCUUCAAGUGGCUCGGCGUGCGUGGCCGGCCUGCUUCCGGCGAGCAGAUUACAAUGCUGUACGAGGAUUGGGCGCGCGAGAUGGACGCGUGGGCUGAGAAAGACGAUGCCGAGAUGCUAAGUGCAGCCUGCAAGAGCUUGGAGGCGGCGAGCACGGCGGCCGCCUCGCUGCGUGACGAGGAGAUCGACGACGAGGUGGAGCGACAGCUUGCUGUCGGUCUGGCAGAGGUGCUGCAAGCGAAUGCAGCCGCAGCCGCAGCCGCAGGGGCCCACUCGGAGUUCUCGAGCGCCGGCACGCCGGGCCAGUGGUCUUGGCAAGCCAGCGGACAUCCCUGGUUCGCGCGUCUCUGCCGAACAACACCUGCAUGAGCCUGUCCGCAUCCACUCCUGUCCCCGCACUCCAGAUACCCGGCGCGACGCCCACGCCCACGCGCUUGCUGUCGGAUAUGCCAUGUCACAUUG